CACUGCGCGUGCGCGCUGCGUUUCCUGAUCCCGUGACCUUGCUGUGGGGGUUCGCUCGCCCCACGCCGGCGCGUGCUCAGCCUCCAUUUGCCGGUGCCGGUGGGGUGGCUGAGGGAGGAUGCGGGCGCUGGUGCUGCUGUUCCUCCUGGCGGCGGGGCUGGGCCGGGCCGCGACGGAGCAGGGGGCCCUGCCGGCUAAGAAGCUGCGCAUGGCCUACACCACGGGGCCGCUGCUCAAGUUCCAGAUCUGUGUUUCCUGAGGUUACAGGCGGGUGUUUGAGGAGUACAUGCGGGUUAUUAGCCAGCGGUACCCAGACAUCCGCAUUGAAGGGGAAAACUACCUUCCACAACCUAUUUAUAGACACAUAGCAUCCUUCCUGUCAGUCUUCAAACUAGUAUUAAUAGGCUUAAUAAUUGUCGGCAAGGAUCCCUUCGCUUUCUUUGGCAUGCAAGCUCCAAGUAUCUGGCAGUGGGGUCAAGAAAAUAAGGUCUAUGCUUGUAUGAUGGUUUUCUUCCUGAGCAAUAUGAUUGAGAACCAGUGUAUGUCAACAGGUGCAUUUGAAAUAACUUUGAAUGAUGUUCCAGUGUGGUCUAAGCUGGAGUCUGGUCACCUUCCUUCCAUGCAGCAGCUGGUCCAAAUUCUUGAUAAUGAAAUGAAACUCAAUGUGCACAUGGAGUCAAUGCACCAUCAUCGAUCAUAGCCCCAUCUAGCAGCACUGAAAACUUCUUCCAUUAAGUGACACUUUCCCAAAGGCAGCGUGACUGAAACCUAUGAAGGCCUGUACUGAAGACAGCAAGCUGUUAGUGCAGACUGGAUGCUUUCUUUUCAGUCGUGUUGUACCUCCUGAAAAAACCUUAAUGCAAGACAUCUUUCAGUGCUGGCAUGUUUCCAAAUACUGCACAGUCAUGGAGUGCAAUAAUACUGUAUAGUUUUUUUUAAGAGUUAAGUCAACCAGUUCAUUGCUAAACAAUGCAGGCAUUACUAACUGUAACUUCUGUUCUAUAUUCAUGUGUCACACAAUGGAAGAUUGAGUUGAUAUCUUUUUUUCUUGGAAAAAGUUUGUCUAAUCUGUUGUAAUUUUAUAUACAUUUGUUCUUUUUGUAGAUUAAAAUGGAAUUAUAGGAAUACUGAUUUAUUCCUAAACUGUUUUAAAGAGACAGUUUCCUAUCAAAUAUCUCUAAUUUGGUUAUGUCAGGUUUGUAUAUUUUUCAAAAUAUAUUGCAGAGUGAACAGUGCAUUAUAAAUUAUAUGAACAAAGCUAUAUGCAGAGUAAUUACCACUUUUGUGAUUUCAGGAAAAACUAAAAGACCAACUGCUUCUCAAAUUGUAUUGGCCAGCUCAAGAGUUUUCCCUUGAUCAGUCUAUAGAAUUGAAAAGCUGGGCCUUUAUAUGUCCUAAAUAUAAACUAAGCAAAUUAAUUUAAAUAAAGAGUUUUCAUUUAU